CCCCAAAAUUUCGGGCCUUGUGCCUAGAGUAGAAAAGUAUAUAUAAAUAUAUAAUCUACGCAAUUAUAUAUUUAAUUACCUAAGUACAAAAUUAAGGCGACUAACCACACAUUAAGGAAUUUAAUACAUAAAACGUAGAUUAAUACAUUUAUUUUCAAGGAUUUGUGAUGGCAAGAAUUUCAGUUCAACGAAGUUUUUCAACUCAUUAUAUUACAUGUGUUACUCUACUCAUAUUUAGUGUGUUGAUAUUUUCUCUCGGCCAUAUUACGAGAUAAAUAGGUUGGAAGAUGCUGAGAAAGAGAAAGAAAUGAGGAAGAAGAUAACACCGGUGAUUCUUCAUAGCUUCUGCUUAAACUUUUAUCACUCCUUUUUUUCUCACCGUCCCCUCGCCUCAUCACUAAUUGAAUUAUUAACUCUCUAAGUAACAUAUUUCGUUUUGUUACAUACGGCGUAUCUUUUUCAGGAUUUGUUUUCUUACUUUAAUCUUUUACUCAUUUACUUUAGUAACUAUGAUUAGAUAGCUUUUAUUUUAUUGGUCCUGACGGUGCCUAUUCCCUUCGCAGAGUUUCCAAGAAUGAAAAGUCGAUGCUGCUACUGUUGGACAUAAUUUUUUUUUUUUUAAACGGCUACAAUACAAAAGAAAUUUCAACAUUUAUCCUUCUCCAUGAUUUGAUUCCGUGAUUCGAUCGCAGACUACCUCACUAUCUCUCAGAGAUAGGUCUACUGUUAAUUUUCCCUUAAGAAAAUGCCGUUUACCAUGCCAGGAGGAGUUAUCGGUAAAAAGAAGAUUCUCAUAUGGAUGACAAUAUUUAUUAUAGCCGUUUUUGUGUACAUUAUUCUCAUGUACCAAAUCUAUCCAGAAACCUACAUGAAUAUACUUUCAGGGAGGUUACGAUUUCUUCCAUUUUCAAAUGGUUUCAUCAUAAACCAACAAUCAUAUUAUUUCUCAUAUAUUCAUUUGACAAAUAAUUGUUCUGACUCCGUUCAGAUCCUUGUUGCUGUGUGUUCAGCCCCAAUAAAUAUACUGCGUCGAAAUACCAUACGAGAGACUUGGGGUCAAUAUGCUAGGAACAAUUCAAACUUUAAGAUGGUUUUUUUUGAAGGUGUUACACAUAGUCCUGGUGUUCAAGAUGAUAUUCAUGAAGAAAGUGUAAAAUAUGGUGAUAUUGUACAAGAGAACUAUAUUGAUCAUUAUGGAAACUUGUCUUUAAAGUCAAUUGCUUAUCUGCGUUGGGUGAGUUCUUCAUGUAGUAAAGUAAAAUUUGUGUUGAAAACAGAUGAUGAUAUGUAUAUAAAUCUUCCAUUGUUAGAGAAAACACUUAUGAACAUGAAACGUUCUCGGUUUAUCAUGGGUUUACUUUUUCAACAUGUUGUACCAAUCAGAGAUAGUUCAUCAAAAUGGUACACACCCAUGUCAAAAUAUCAAAAGAAUGAGUUUCCUGAUUAUAUGUCUGGGACUGCUUAUCUAAUUUCAGGUGACAUAGUACCAGAAUUAUAUGCAGAAUCAUUUAAUGGAAAGCGCUUCUGGCUUGAAGAUGUUUAUAUAACAGGGAUGCUUGCAAACCGAGUGAAUGCAACAAGAAUAAACAGUAACAUGUUUACAAUCCAUAACCGACAACACACUGGCUGUGCCUACAAAAACAUAAUAAGUGGACAUCAUGUGGUGCCAAGAAAAAUGAAAAUUAUUUAUAAACAAUUAAAAGACGUAAAUCUUGUUUGCCAUUAAUUUUCUCUUUUAAAAAUAGCAGUUGAAGCUUGCUGAAAUGAACUAAGUGCCCUGCAUUCUUGAAUAUCCUUACCCCAUAUUCUGAGUUCAAAUCCUGCCAUAGUUGACAUCUUUUAUUCUUCUAAGGUGAUGGUUAUUAAAACAAGUGGUA